GAAUUGAAGGCAAAUAUCGAAGCAAUGUCGUGUUAAAAACUUGAAAAGUGUGCAAUAAUCUCGGAGGAGAAGACUUGAAUGUGCAUCGGACUGGCGGCCAGGUGCGACUUUUCACAGGCGCUCUCCAUCCGCUUGCCGACCGGACCCUCGGCCGCCUCCUCCUACUCCUCGUCAUCAUCAUCAUGACCCAAGUCCUCCUCAUCCUCAUCCUCCUCGCUCAGUCUGACCUCUGCAGCCUCCGAAGGAAGUUGUGCUGAUUUACAGUCGUCUUUUUUUGAAGAAUAAAAAGUCAGAAGUAUGCUGGGCCUCCUUGGAUGCUUUGCGUGUCUUUUGGCGGCUUCUGUUGCCGAUGCAGAUGGUCGAGUGUUUGCGGUGGAGGUCGGCAACUCGUCGUCCAGUUCUCGGUUCCGCGACGCGGAGUGGGCUUGCGCCUCCCGGCGGGCGCGCCUGGCGACGGCCUCGGAGCUGAGGCACGCCGUCGUGGAGUGCUUCUUCUCCUCGUGCACCCGCGGGUGGCUGCACGGCGGCUCCGUCGGGACCACCGUGUGCAACUACGUGGGCGGCUCGCUGAAAGCCGUGGACGUGAGGACGGAAAACGCCACGGGCGACGCCGCGAGCUUAAAUGGAUUCUGUAUCAAAGACAAAGGCGUGCCAUGCGGUGACCCCCCGUCCUUCCCCAACGCCCGCCUUCAGGGCCACGGUGGCGUCGAACUGGGCGACGAGCUCCUAUACACGUGCGCGCCGGGCUACGUCAUGCCCAACGGCCACAGCGCCUUCAGCUUGCUGUGCGACAGCUGCGGCGAGUGGUACGGACUGGUUCAGAUUUGCGUCAAAGACUCAACAGAGGCGCACGUGGACUACGAGGACCAGUUCACGUACGGCGAGGCGGACCACCAGAGCGAGGACGACAGGCCUGCGGAGGAUCUCCACGGAACCGAGCCUGACCCGGAGGAACCCAUGGACCAGGCGCUGCAAGAAAUCAGCUUCGAAAGAGAAAAAGAGGAGCCGGAUCUGGACGGUCAGCAGGAGGUGGAAGUAGAUGGCGAGGAGGCUAAAGAAAGGAGAAGUGACGAGAAACGGACCGCGGAGGACUUUGCCGCGCAUCCGAGUUGGAAACAGGAGGUGACGACGGCGUCCACGGACCCGCCCGUCUCCCUCCUGUCCCAGAAACACCUCUUCUGGUUCCCCUCGGAAGCCUUCCAGCAGCAGCGGGAGCAGCACCCGGUCUCCGUGGACCCCGUUACCCAGACCACCACUCAGCGGUCCUCCGGCAGCCGGUCCGAGGAGAGCCUCAACGACCACGAGCGAGAGAGUCUCGAUCACCGCGAUGACGGUCAAGUGGAACAACAAAUUCCAGUUCAGCACGACGGUCUGGAUGAGCAAGACCGCUACGAAGACCACCGUGAUGAUCACUACGACAUGGGCGAGCACGAAGAGGUUCGCUACGGCGGUCGCAAUGAUAGCUCCGAGGAACGUGCUGUCCACGAGGACAGCAGCGAUCUUCAGGAGCAUCCGGGUGGUUCCGAGGAGCACCCGGACCAAAAUGACCACGACGACCACGUUCAUCGGGAACAUUAUGACCGUGAUGAUGAAGACCGCCACGACGAUCACGACGAUCACCGUGACCACGAACACCAUGACCGUGAUGAUCACGACCGUGGCGAACAUGACCGUGAUGAUCACUCUGACCUUGUUGACCAAGAUAAUCACGAGGACCACGGCAGCGAAGACCAUAACCACGAAACCGACGACGCAAGGCGAGAUGGCGACAACAGCCAUGCCGAACACGAUAGCCACGAAGACGACAAUCAUCAGCGCGUCAUAUUUUCCGAAAAGAGCCAGAAUGCGACCCGGCACGAUGCGGGAGUAGCGACCACCACAGACGAGACCUGGCUGGACGGACACCCGGUGGCCGCCCACCCCAACGAGGUGGAAGAACCCGUCCCCGACAGCAGCGUCCCAGCAGCACCUGAAACCGGAGCCCCGGACAACCCCGCGUCCUCCUCGUCCUCGGAUGCCGUGGAGUACGACACCCAGCAGGCGGUCCCCACCCACUCGUGGCUCCUGGACCUCACCCAGCACCCUUUCCUGGACCCGGCGCAGGACAGCGACAACCUUGACGGGGUGACGGGGGAGCGCACCUUGCACAACUUGCCUGGUGAGACUGGCGAGAGGGGGGUUGAGGCGGAGGGAGAGAUGGGCGGGACCGUAUGCGUCGGCGAGAACUGCCCGCCACCCGGCCCCUCGCGCCGGGGCCCCACCGUGGCAGCCAUCAUCGCGGCGGUGUGCGUGGUGGCGGCGGCUGUCAUGGUGACGGUGUGGUGCUACCGGCGGCGGCAGCAGAAGAGCUCCGUGUACGACAUCAACGGGAAGGGACAAAGCAACCAGCACAUGGAGAUGCAGCAGAAAGUUUAAAAGGGGGGCUGAGACUUUUUGGGGCCGAAUCCGCUAUAGAAUUUGUGAUAAAUUUGAGGAGACGUGUGGGAGCCCGACAGAAACGCGACACACACUGGACCCUCGGAAGUCAAACAAAUGCCGUUUCCAUUUUGACGACUGAAUCGGAUUUUGGGUACAUUUUCAACCUGGCCGCAUCAGCGGCACUUACCGUAAAGCUGGGAUUUAUUUGUCAGUGCCUUUCAGACAAAAGUCUGUGAAGCAGGACACUGCCGUCCGCCGCGCGUUGGGAUAAUGAGGUGCGUGAUGACAUCACUGCGGAGGCGGCAACUGCUUUCAACACAAGUGGGCGUGGCCAGUGAAUUUUGGGGCGUUAACUUACACCCUCUGUUCAGAGUCCCGUUCUUCACCAUUGUUACGCUUCUGAUCCGAGCACGUUCCGGGUCGACUUCGACGCUUCCGUCCUGCAUCGGUACAGAGCGGUGGGAAGGCGUAAAACAAAACAAAAAAAAUAAAAAUUAAAAAAUAAAAAAAAUAAAAAAAAAAGCAGUUGCUAGGGGCUAAAAAAAAAAAAAAAAAAAAAAGUACCCAAAAUGCAAAAAAAAAAAUAUAUAUUAUAAAUAAAAAAUUCUACAUUAAUGAAAAAUACAAACUGAUCCUCCAGAUAUGGAUUUAUCCAACUGGUGCAUCGCUUUUUCCUCCGAAUUUUAGGUUGUAAUCGCCCAAGUCCAAAACUGUUCGAGUUCUGACGUUCCACUGUACAUUAUAAGGAAUUUCUUUCCUCUUUGUUUCAAAAUGACAGUAGUCUAGCUGAACUAUUUGUUCUUCUUCUUUGGGGCUCCAUUAAGAGUGUCACGUUUGUGACGAAAACUAACUAGCCUACAUUAUCGUCAUUAGUGUGACAUACACAAAACGCUGUUUUACUUUGAAAUUAUGGGAUGAAAGUGUUUGACCGUCAGACUGCGCCGACGCUCCGCUGGAUGUCGGAAGGACUUUUUUGGGUCUUUAUUUUGAAAUGUUUGCCGUCCGGCUGGAAUGGCGGUUUGGUUUUUGCCGUCACUUGGCUAACAUAGGAAAACCACAAUAGAGGAGGUCCUCAGAGCUAACUAUUUAGUUAAUCACAGGUAAGUACAAAAAGUAGUUAAGCUAGUCGUCAAGCGUAAAACAUGCAUUAGCUAACAAUAAAACGCGUAGCUAACCUUAACAUUACUUUUGACGGUAAGCUGUUUGUCAUUAGGGUUUUAUUUUUUUUCCUUUGGACUAAUCAAAUACCCUCAAGAAAAGGGUAUAUGUACACAUAAAAACUAAAUAUGUAAAAAAAAAAUAUAUAUAUAUUAAAUAAACUGACACUGGUAAAUCAGCUGGACCGCAUUUUCUAAUACAAUCUUUCGUCUUUGUUUUUCGAUGUUAGCUGCUGCGAUGAAAUAGUGCUAAAGCGUUGUGUCGGCUUAAUUUUUGUGACAAAGUGAACGAAGGAGAACUACAAUCCUACUUUUGACCUAGCGUCAUUACAGUUUUCCUCGUUGGAUGAAUUAUCACAAAUACCCUUGCGAAAAGGUUUACAUGCACAAAAAAAAUAAAUAAAUGUAAAGAAUACAAACUGUUUACGAACUGUGUAUUUCCCUCAAAGUUUUAGGAUGACAUUUUGCGAUCUGGUUUCGACGGUCCACUGUUUGUAUGAAGGAUUUUUUUGGUCUUUAUUUUUCGACUUUAGCCAUCGUGCUCGAAUGGCUUUGAAUACCGAAAAACAAAAAAAACUGGCACACGAGGGAUCGUAUUUUCGUCUUGAAUUUUAUGUACGAAGGAUUUUUUUCCCGUCUUUAUUUUGAGCGGAAUGACGGCUUUGUGUCGCAUAGUAGCGGUCGUCGUCAAACGUAAAGUGUACAACCGCUAACAAUAAAAGACGCAGCUGACAUUACCUCGAACUGCUUUUGACGAUCAUCUUAUGGUCGUCGUCAUUACAAACAUACACAAAAUAUCCCCCCCCCCCCCCAAAAAAAGGCAACUGCAAAAGAUGAAAAAAUUACCUUUAAAAAAUAAAUACAAACUGUUUGUCCAUAUCCAACUGCCAGAUUGCAUUUUCAUCUAGAUUUUCGGUUGAACUGUUUUUAGCCUGGUUCUGACGGUCCACUGACGAAAGGAAUUUUGUUGUCUUUUAUUUUUCGCUGUCAGCUAUCGAUACGGAAGCGCGGUUGGCGUUUGGUUGUUUUGCGACGAAGCUAAAUGUAGAUAAAACCACAACAGAGGAGGGCCGCGUCAAAAUGUUGCUACGGACUGAGACGGCGACGCACAUUGUGCUAUUUUGCUUGAUUUCCUUGUUUUGGUUUGUGUUCGCUACGCGUGUGCGGUUUUCUCCUGCUUUACGACUUGUCGUGCGCGUGUGGUCACCUGAUGCUUUUAAUUGGAGAGUUCUGAAGCGAUAUCAUUAUUGAUUAGGCAUCUAAAAUAACUGACACAUAGGCGCUAAUUAAAUAGCGCUAGCUGCCGCCGCGAUGAUGAAUGCGACGGCCGAUGAGAUUCGCUCGUGGAUGCGCUUAUUACUCACAGUAUGAUGUAUGUGCGUGUGUUUCUGCGCAUUUCAAGUGUGCCAUUGUGUGUGUAGACGUGACACUGUGUAACUUUAUCGGUCACGUGGAAAUGUGCACAGUGUGUGAUUCUGGGAAUGCCCCGAACGGGGUAGAAAAUGAACCAACUGACCACAUUUCCAUCACAAAUGAGCUCAUUCGUGUGCUUUGUUGUCGUUUUCGAAAUAAAAGUCCUAAACGUG